CGGAAAACAAGGACAGGUUUGUACGGCCCUUUUUCGAUCUUGUUCUCCUUCUCUCUCUCACUCGUUCUCUUUUUCGAAAAUUCUUAAAUUCUGUCCCCUUUUUUUGUAAACUGUUGUUCCAAAUUUCAAUUGAACCAUUCACUUUCUUACGUAAAAGCAGGCAAUUGAGAAUUUGAAAGGACCUUCACUCACUUAUAUCUCUCUUUUUAUUCCGGUUGAAUCAUUUUCGUCCAUUGCACAACUUAAUUGUUGUUCCAUUCCUUACAUUGAUCUUCAACAACUUUCUUUUUGAAUUUCCUAUCAAAACCUCAAAAUACAAUGCCAGCUGACAAUAGUCAUAAUAGCAUGAAUAAGACAGCAGGUACUGCCGAAGAAGACUCUUCAAAAAAUCCAGCUAAACCUAAUGUGAGUCGACCUAUUUUACCGAAAUAUGUAACAACACAUCAUGGCGAAGGUUUGAAGAAAUUUUCUGCGUCCAACUCGGCUGCUGCUGCUUUGGGUGGUGGAUUUGACAAAACGCUAAUCACCGAAAAAGCACGGUUUGAUACUUCCAGUAAUGUAAACACAGGCACAACCUCUACUUCCACCACUACUACAGCAACGUCAUCGUCAAAUACAACUGCAAAUACAACUGUGACAACUCCCACAAAUAUACCGACUAAUUAUAUCCAUAAUAACAAUAUAUCCAAUCCUCCGCAUUCUUCGACUACCAGUCUUUCCACUCCCACUUCUCAAUCGCAACAUCAAUUACCAGAUACUCCAGCACUGUCCACCAUUACUGCAGUGCCUCCUCCUUUAACCUCGGCUGUUACCUUACCACUUGUUACUACUCUGCAAUCUUUGACCACCAAUAAUAUUCAUAGUAGCAACAACAGCAGUAGUAAUCCUACGACACCAACGUGUAAUCUAAGCACAGCUCUGCAAACUAAGUCAACCCUCACCAAAGUGAAGAAUGAGAUGGAACAUCGUCGAAAUAACAACAAUAUGAAAAGGAAAAAAAUUCCGCCCAUAAGUGGUAAUACAGCGACGCCCUCAGAAGUCUUUCACCGAAAUCUCGUCGAUGCAGUUUCUAAUGCUGAAGAUUCGGACGAGAACGAACAGUACGUUUACCCCUACAGUGGAGGUAAUAAUACGGACUCUACUGUCUAUCACAUGAAUUCAACUGAUACUCUCUAUCGAACAACAUCGUCUCUUUAUCGGCCUCAGUCGACGCGUUCUCUUUUAACAACUAAUAAUACAAGUGAGACCUUACUUACACCUGCUGCGACGAAUACUACAUUGACGAGCUAUUAUAGUAAUAAUAAGGGUGGUCGACUGACACCCACAGGCUUUUUUAAUACAUUACUACGACCCAUUCUAUCAAAAUGCAGAUCGGAAUCAUCAUCACCUAUACCCCCUCCGUUAACCCCUUCGCUGGGUAUUAUACCAUCUACUGCAGUAUCAAAUACGAUGAACAAUAUCAAUAAUAAUGUGAACCAAAAUGAAGAUCCAUCUUUUAACAGUACCAGUAAUAGGCCCAAAUUACGAAGUUACAUUAUGGAUCACCCUUUUAGUCAAUCAAAGCUCUUUCAUCAUGCGCAUGAAUGGUUCGAAGGUGCAGCAGGAAAACACAGCUCAUCUUUAUAUCAGCAGCAGCAACAACAACAACAACAACAACAACAACAACAACAGAAUUCUACAAAACAACAACCUUUGAAUGGUUUUAGACGAUUUUAUUCUAACUAUGGUGGCAUCAAUAUAGAUGGUGGCUAUAUAACGGAUGACGAAGAAGUAACUGCAGCAGGAAGAGCUUCCAUACCACCCUAUAGACAACAUCGAGCUUAUCGUCACAACCAUACCAAACUACAGCAGCAACAUGGUCAGAAAGCAAAUACAUGUACAAGGUGGUUAAGAAAUAUUUGUAUCAGUCUGGUCUCUCUCCUUAUUCUUUUAUUCAUCUUUGUGACCUAUAUUUCACAACCUCUCAAAGAUGUUACUGUGGAUAUGGGGCGUGUCUUAUCGUCUGAUAAGGAACUUAUUUUCGACCUUCAUAUCAAUGCAAUUAAUACCAAUUUGUGGACUGUUCGUAUUGCUGAUGCGGAUAUUAGCGUGUUUGCUUUUAGUCAAGUAGUACCAGAUAGCGAUAAUGAUAUUGAUGGUGACCAUGAUGGGGCAAUAGGUAUGAUGUUUUCGACCAACGACAGCAGCAGCACUCCUGUAUACCAAGGUGUAGAUCCUGCUGAAUACUUGGGUGGGUUUUACCAUUUUGACGAACCUUUAUCGUUUUCUUCAUCCUUCUUCAGCAAGAAAAUGGUAACUGCGACCAGUCAAAUCCGAAUAAAAUCACCCGGAGCGGAUAAAAGUGGAAAUGAGCGGUGGUCUCGUAUCAUCAGAUAUCCUUAUGGUCUCGUCGUCAGAGGUGUUUUAAAGUAUAAACCAUUUCUUGCUUUUCUGAGUCCUUACUCUCAUCAGUCCGUCACCAUAUGCGAUGUUGUGCGUGUUAAUCCUACGACUGGUAAAGUAUUCGAAGAUCCAGACCAAGGAUUCUGUUUGACAACGGCAAUCUCGACUUUCUGAUAGGAGUGACCUUUGUCUUCUAUUUGUAUCAUAUCCGAUUUGGAUUCUUUUUUUUUUCCUUUUUUGUUGGAGUAAACAUGCAUAUUCAUUGCUUACCAUAGUUAUGCAAAAGACAUCUCUUUAGCUAUUUUUAACAUAUACCAAUUUCAAUCACUGGUUGAUUUCAAUCUAAUUAAUAAAAAGAUUUACGCUCUUAUAC